CGAGAGACAAAGCUGCCCCACCCUGCACAAAGCACAGGCUGCAGGGCGGCUGCAGGGCGGUUGAUCAUCAGGGCGUGGUGUGGCUGGACUACUUUCAGCAGGUCUCUUGCAGCAGAGCCAUGGGGCCGCUUUCUGGGGCUCUCUCGGGGCACCUGAGAGGGCAGCUUGCUCUGAUCAACCGUUCAAAGUCAAAGGAUGCGUGCAGUCUGCUCUAUCGGAGCGUGUCCUCCUUCUGCGGCGAUUCUGCCCCCACUGAUGAGCAGGCUGAUGAGGGCGUGGGUGGUUCGCGCCAGCCUUCAAUCGAAUCCAGUACAACAAACCUCGCAAGCACAAAAAGCGUGCAGCAGCGGCGCUCGCUUUUGGAGAAGCUGGCUUCUGACAGCACCUUUGUUGGAGCUUCAGUUGCGAGCAGGCGCCAGCAGGUGCGGCGAAACAGCACCGCAAGCCCAGCAACAGCGCCCCAGAGCCCUCCCACCGUGCCGCCAAGCACGUCAACUGUGGCCCCAACAGGCAGGGUGCCCGUCAAGCUGCACAGCAUCAUCCCUGAUGAAUUGAAGAAGGACAUGAUCGAGGUUUUCGUCGACGGGCAAGCAGUGAAUCUUCCCAAGGGCAUGACAGUUCUGCAGGCUUGCGAUGAGGCGGGCGUGGACAUCCCAAGGUUCUGCUAUCAUCCGCGGCUGAGCAUUGCUGGCAAUUGCCGCAUGUGCUUGGUGGAAGUGGAGAAGAGUCCGAAGCCGGUAGCAUCGUGUGCCAUGCCUGCAAUGCCGGGGAUGAAAAUCAAGACAGACACACCGCUGGUUAAGAAGGCGCGUGAAGGUGUAAUGGAGUUUCUGUUGCUCAACCACCCUCUCGAUUGCCCCAUCUGCGAUCAAGGUGGCGAGUGCGAUCUGCAGGAUCAGGCUAUGGUGUUCGGCAGCGACAGGGGCCGUUUCACCGACAUGAAGAGGUCUGUUGUGGAUAAGCAUCUUGGACCUUUGAUUAAGACUGUCAUGACGCGGUGCAUCCACUGCACAAGGUGUGUGCGGUAUGCCACCGAGAUCGCCGGUGUGGAGGAUCUUGGGGUCCUGGGCCGCGGAAAUGCUGAGGAGAUUGGCACGUACGUGGAUCGCCUUUCUACGAGCGAGGUAUCAGGCAACGUCAUCGACUUGUGCCCUGUGGGAGCCCUCACCAGCAAGCCUUACGCCUUCACCGCCAGGAACUGGGAGCUGGCAAACAAGGAGAGCAUUGAUGUUAGUGAUGCGCUUGGGGCAAACAUCCGGGUGGACCACAGAGGACCUGAGGUGAUGCGCGUCGUCCCGCGGCUGAACGAGGACGUCAACGAGGAGUGGCUCACUGACAAGGGUCGCUUCAUGUAUGACGGCCUCAAGCGGCAGCGCCUCGCCCUGCCCUACGUGCGCGGCCCCGACGGCCGCCUCCAGCCCUCCGAUUGGCAGGGGGCGCUUCAGGAGGCUGCGCGUGCUUUGACCUCCGUUCCAGGGGAAGAGAUUGCCGCCGUUGUCGGGAAGCUAGCUGACGUGGAGUCCAUCACUGCGCUCAAGGACUUCAUGGCGCGGCUCAACUCCCAGCGGCUGUACAUCGAGGGCGCCGAGGGCCAGGAGAACGCCGACAUUCGGCCGAGCUACCUCUUCAACACGGGGAUCGCCGCCCUCGAGGACGCGGACGCGGUGCUGCUCGUGGGGACGGACCUGCGCUCCGAGGCGCCCCUGCUCAACGUGCGCCUGCGCAAGGCCUUCCGCGCCGGCACGCUGCGCGACAUUGCGGCGGUCGGGCCCGCGGACAUGGACCUGACGUACCCGCACGAGCACCUCGGCGACAAGGCGCAGGACCUCUCCAAGCUGACCUCCGGGAAGGGCGGGUUCGCGGAGACCCUCGCCAAGGCAGAGCGCCCGGCGAUCAUCGUCGGCGCGGGCGUCCUGAGGCGGCCCGACAGGGACGCAAUUCUGGGGGUGGUGGAUCGGAUUGCCAAGCAGGCGGGGGUGAUCAAGGAGGACUGGAAUGGCCUCAAUGUGCUGCAGCUGACGGCGAGCUCGACCGGCGCGCUGGACUUGGGCUUUGUGCCGGGGCCGGGGGUGAAGAAGGACGCGCCGCCGGCAAAGGUGGUGUACCUGCUGGGAGCGGACGAGGGGCUGAGCAAGUUCGUCGGGGAGGACAGUUUCGUGAUUUACCAGGGGCACCACGGGGACCAGGGCGCGAGCAGGGCGAACGUGGUGCUCCCGGGCGCGGCCUACACCGAGAAGGAGGCGACGUACGUCAACACGGAGGGCCGGCCGCAGAGGACGAUGGCGGCAGUUCCUGUGCCAGGUAAUGCGCGUGAGGACUGGAAGAUCCUUCGUGCUCUGUCCGAGAUCGCCGGAGUCCAGCUUCCAUACGAUACCACUGAUGCCGUGCGGAGAAGGGCGGCCGAGAUUGCCCCCCAGCUGGAGAGGCUCGAGGAGGUGGAAGUUUCCGAGGUCAGCAUGGCAGCGCGCACGGCACCAUCUAAGGCGUCCGCUGGACCCCUGCUGAAGGAGCCGUUUACGAGGGCUGUGCCAAACUUCUACAUGACUGAUCCCAUCAGCAGAGCCAGCCAGACCAUGGCCAGAUGUACGUCAAUGUUCAAAAGCCAGAAGGAGGUGGACGCGCAGGAGGAUUGGUUGUUGCACGCCGACUGGGGCAAGCAGAAGGCGGCGAAGCAACCAGCUCUUUAAAAUGGGUGCUUUCUACAUUUGGAACCGUUCAUGUAGGGUCCGUCGUAUAUAAGAUCUAAGAGAUGCAGGUAGUCGCUCCCAGGAAUGGCAGCUUCAGUUUCCGCUCUGACAUUCAGCAUGCCUUGCAGCUUCAAUUGUACAACUGAACCUCCACCAAAAAAACAAUCCGUUGCCAACUCAAUCUUUGAUUAUUGAGCUAAGCGCAGCACGACUUAAGGACCAAUUAAAGGUACUACUGGCAUCAUGUCUUCUUCAAUAAACCUCUAUAUAAUACUCUGCCGGGCU